GAGCGCGCGAUCAGCGCACUUCUUCGUUUGUUGGUCACGGCCAACUUUCUUCCCACCUUAGUCGGUUCCCCGCCUCCUGUCCGUCCGUCAGUCGACCCGUGUCCCCGCUCUGACAUGGACGACGCUGACACUCGUUCCUGCACGUGCGUCCCGCACGAUCUGUGCCGCGUUCUGUGUGCGUUGUGAACAAUUGUGUGUUGAAUACCCGGACACUAUGGAUAUAUUAAAACUGUGCUUGUUGACAGCGGCACUAUGUACAGCAGCAGGAGCAGAUGGCUUGGGGGAGGUAGAGGAGGUGAUGGAGGACUUCCCACUGGACGAUCCUGGAGGGGAAGGUGAUACCAGCAGUGAAGAUGGAGGAGGACAAACAAUGGAUGCUUCAUCAACUAGUGAUGAUGAUAACGGGCUGGAAGAUAUCAACCUGUCAGAGUUGGAACAGACGGAGGGUAACCGACAGGAGCUUCUGCGCCGUGUGAUGGCAGCGGCCAUGUCCAAGCCUGGGGCGCGCCAGCGUCUUGCUCAGGUGAUGCCUAUUCUCCGGACGAUGUCGGCGACACAGCGGCUGGCGCUGGCGGGGCUGGUUACAAGUCAGCUGAUGGCUGCUCCCGGGGCUCCUCCCCCACAGAUCAAUGCCACCAAGACCAACCUGACCGACGACCUCAUGAUUCCCAUCAGCAUGGACAUCGCUGCCAUGUUCCGGGGUCUGGGCCGGGACGCCGCUGCCGCCAGAAGCAAUCUCUUCAGAGGAGACCUGUACAAGAGACAUCCGCCUUACAGAAGAAAAUCGCCUCACACACCAAACAGAAGAAAAACUGAAGUACCUCAUGGAGACAUGAGGCCUCCUCCACCGCCACGAGGACAAGUACACAAGCUACGGCCAGGUGUUGGCCAGCGACAUGUCAACCGCUUCCCUCCAGUCGCUAGACCAGAGGGCGGCGACUGCGAGUACUUCACCAACUCCGUGUGUCUUCAGGUCACCGACUAUCCCAUGGAAGCGAUACUAAAAAGUAUCCAAAGCACUCCAAAUAAGGAUGCAUUUGAAGCUCUCCGAACAGAUGCCAAUACUGAUUUUGGAGAAUUCAACUCUACCGUAGAACAACAAAUGGAAAGGCGAGUAGGAGAUGCAAGCAGAGAGGACCAGGAGAACAACGGACAUAUGUGUAGCUCCAAGGUAGAGAUAGCCAGACCUAAACGAGCCAGAGCUACUAGUGGUCAGUGGAAAUAUGUUGUCAACACAGGAGACUACACUCAGACCCUCAGGCUGGAAAUGUGCUUAAAGCCGCAGCAGCCUUGCUCGUACCUGGCGGACAACUUCAAGUCCGAGUGUACACAAGUGUACAACUACCACAGACUACUCACUUGGGACCAGAAGUCCGGACUCUCUAUGGAUAUUUUUAAGGUACCAACAUGCUGUUCCUGCCACGUCCACAGCACGCCCUAUCCUUUCUUGCCGACUCAAACAAUGAGUGAGUCAGUGAGGAUGCCGAGUCAGCCAGUGGAGCCGGUAAGACAUGCUACGCCACCUCCUCGACUCAACUAUGUGGAGUCUCCGGAGAACAAUUUUGUGGCAGCAGAUGAAUCUCCGGUCAUACACAGACUACCACCACCUAAACAGGUGUUACACAGACGACCUCUUGGAGGGCUUCACAAUAUCCCCAAAAGGGAGUCCCUGUCCCCUCCCCGGGGAGUGCUGGGGAACAGUGAAGAGCACGUCCGGUACUCCUACCCACCUUACGAGAAUCUACUGAGGAGAACUCUGUCCAGAAACGUGUCAGAGGUCAAUGACAUCAGGCCCAAGUACCACCCGGUUCAGCCAACUCUGAAUCAGAGGCACCCAGAGCUGCCGAUAGAUAGUCUAUUGGCCGACAACACCUUCUCCUUCGUGACUUCCAUGCCUGACUACAGGCCGACGAGACCGCCUUACCAGGACUCCAGGUUCCGCAGUACCACCCUCCCCACAACGCCCAGGAGGGUGGUCACCUACCCUCCUUCCACGACCAAGCGGAUAGUCCCGUCCUCUCAACCUACCCCCACCACUCAUAGAGCUGUCACACACACGGCGCCCACACAGCAGACCUCCUCCAAGAGAGUCAACUACAGCUACCACCCCAUCAUUGACUUCUUCAAGACGAGCGUGUCUGCGGUGGACCUCGGUGAGGACAAGCUGAACAACGCAGAGUGGACUCCCAUCACUGAUGGCCCCAAGCUGAUGCCAAAGUAAAUUUCACAUUUGCAUCAUAAAAUAAAUAGGAAAGACUCACAAGCUUUAUACAGUGUUUUGUCUAGUAUUCUUGGGAAUGUUUAAAAAAGUACAAAAAUUUUAGUUUUUUUUAUAUAAUUUAUACAUUUUUAUAUUUCAGGAAACAUAUUUUUAAACUGGUUUAAAAUUUUCACUAAAACAUCUUACAUAAAAUGGAUGUUUUGAAAAUAAAAUGCAUGAUAUAUGUGUCUCAAAUGCGUACAAGGUGCUAUUGUAAAUAUUGUAAUAUAUAAUUUAAGACUUUUGUACAAAUUAGAAGCUCUCUAAAUAUUUCUUGAAUGGUGUUCACUAGUAAUACUGCAUAAACCCAAAAGCGGCAAAAAUCCUAGUAUUUAAAACAAACAUUGGUUUUUGUGUUGUAUACUAAACAGUAUUUAUCACUGCAUGUUUCAUUCACAGAAAUAACACGCUUGCACUAUUCAAUGCCCACCAUGUACAACAUGAUUAAUGUUAAUACAUUACAUACUGUAGAACAUGUAAAAAAGAAAUAUUAUUUAGUCUUUAAUCCUUUUACUGCUUAUUUCAUCCUCUAAAUAAGUAGCAUGAACUCUUAGAAGAAAACAUUAACUUUUAUAGUAAAAUUCUUAUUGGAACUAUGAGUAAACAACUGUGAGUAAAUAAUUACAUUUUGAGUUUUAGAUCAGAAAAAACCUAUAUAGACACAAAGAUAGAUUUAUUAAUCCCAGUACAGCGACACUUUUAA